CUCAUUUUUGGUGUCAUUGAACUUGAGAGGCCUCUCUCUCGUCAUUAUCAUUUCUAUUAGCGUAUUAAAUCAAGCUCUGAUUAACCCGUCUUUUUUUUUUUCGCAAGUUUAGUUUUGUGUGUUGCAUAGUAUCCCUUUUCUAAAGAUGGGUAAUGAACACAGUUCGACAUCAAUUGUUUGUCUAUCCGGCCAAUCUGUCGGUUUGAGGGCCACUGAAAGUGGCGAGGAUGUAGAGCUACGUAUGGCCAAGGCUAAGUUACGAGAGCACAAUCCAGACCCUCAAAUUAAUGAAAUAAAGUUCUGCAGGCAUGAAUUGCUGCGUGUCGCUGAACAUUUGCGUUGUGCUCCAGAUUACUUCUUCACAGUAGAUGGCAAUCCAACUAACUUGAAGGUCUCGCAGGGCGAUCUUAUGGACUCUAAAUUUGUUGCCGCCGUUGACAAAAACGAAGUAAAGGUGCAUAAGUUGAAGGACGGUGAUGUACCAAGGAAUGGUAACGGCCUGGAUUUGGAAAAAAUAAGAGAUGAUGCUAAUGGCGGUUGGUAUGAUUGGAAGAUGUCGGGGACUGUAUCUCGUCCAAGCUCGAAGCUUCCUCAUUCCUCUAGUUCAGACCGGAAGAGGCGCGGCAAAUGAAGGACCAAAAUCUCGGUGAAGUUCCCUGCAGCAGUUUCUGGAUGGAUAAAAGAAUGGUGGCGCAGAAUCUUUAGCAAAAUAAGGCUUGUAAAUUGUAAUAGUCAUUUUACGUAUGUUUUUUGAACCUAGGUUGCAUGAAAGAACAGUAAUCCUGUUUUUUCUUUCAUAUUUCUCGUUUAAGGAUGUCGGAUGUAUUUCUAUAUUUCUAGUUUAAGGAUGUCGUAUGUGUUAUGAACCUCACAAGUGAUGUGGUGUUUAUGUUAUCUAGCAUCUUCUUGAAUCUAUUAUUAAGUUUGUAAUAAAAGUGGCUUGCUGUUUUUGA